CUGUCUAGCAAGCGAAGAAGCUGCAGGGAAGUCUUGGACAUGGAGAUCCAGACAUGGGUCGGAGUUCAGUGACUGGGCGUGUGUGUGACUUUUCUCUCGUGCUGGAGGCUCGCAUUCAUCAGACUUGGAGUCGUGCAAAGGGGGAGGGGGAGCCAGUGGUUCCAUGUUCCCCUGCCGUCCCUGUGCAUGCAAUGGCCAGGCAUGGGAGAAAGCAAAGCUUCCCGCCCUUCACUUUGCCCCCAGCGGGGUAAAAAAACGGGGGUCGCAAAAAGAGGAUUUGCGCUCCAUUUCGACGGGAAAAGCUUUGCGUGGAGGGAGAGGAGGAGAGGUCGUCUUUGCAAAAGAGAGAUUUUUGCCUCCAAGUCAACCUUGACUCCUGGACAGUUUCCUGCAUAUUUCUUGGCCCCAUUUUCAGAAGGGGUUUCCCCCUCCUCCCCCUUCCUAGGCCGAGAGAAGCGAGCGGUCGGAGCCCCUCCUGCUGGCUUUGCAUACAGAGCUUCAACUGCAUGUGCAAGGAGUUGUUCUUAACUAUGCAGCAAUAGGAAUGAUAUUAAACUGUCUUUUAAAUUAUAUUAUAUUAAAUUAUGAUUGGCCAGAGGGAGCCAUUUGGCUGAGUGAUGAAAUCACAAGUUGAAACCGGGAGAUUCAGUUUCUACUCCAACCUGUAAGCCUUCAGCCCAUCCUGACUCUCAGCCCAAUCUACUUCACUGGGCUGUAGUUUUGGGGAAAAUAGUGAGAAGGAGCAUUAUGUAUGAAUUCUGCCUAGAGUAAUUUAUAAAAAUAAUAACAAGGCAUAAGGAAAAAAGUAAAUUUUUAAUAAAAACUAGGUAGUAGAAAUGAAAAAAAAACGCAUUUAAAUGUAUUUUCCAAUAUUUUGAUAAACAUUGAUCCUGAAGUGUUCACUGCAAUUUUCCCCAUAUAUGAAGAGAGCAAGAUUUCACCUCCCACCUUGGUGAGUACAUACAAAUUUCUUACUUAAUCUUCUCUUCCCUCCCCUUCUCCCCAUUUUUCCAUAUCAGAUACGUAACCUCAAAAUAUUUUCUGCUUCUUCUGGAAUCUUUGAGUAUUUUGUCUGGGAAGAGAUCUGAAUGGCCUUGGAAAAUUUGGCCAGACCUCUUGUGAACAGAAAAUCCUGUGGAGAUCCUUGGGUCCAUUUUGGGGCUGCAUUAGAGACCAGAGAGAAGAUGGAGGGACAACACCCAGCAGAUGCAGAAAUUAAAGGCCCUCCAGUUGCUCAGUCUUGGGGCUGUGGGAAGAAUGGGGCAAGUCCUGGGCAGAAGAGCCACGAAGAGGCAUCCAAUAAUUCAGAGGUUCAGUGCUGUCACUUCAGAAAUGUAUGGUUUCAGGAGUGGAGUCGUCCCCGAGAUGUUUGCACUCAGCUUCACUACCUUUGUCGUCAGUGGCUACAACCAGAAAAACACACAAAGGCUCAGAUGUUGGACCUGGUGCUCCUGGAACAGUUGCUGGCUGUCCUUCCCCCAGAGAUGGCAAAAUGGGUGCGGGAGUGUGGAGCAGAGACCAGUUCCCAGGCAGUGUCCCUAGCUGAAGGCUUCUUGCUGACUCAGGAGGAGGAAAACAUGCAAGAAGAGUUGCAGAAAUCCGUGGAAGCUGUGACUGAGUAUCCUAAGGAGAGAAAAGAUUCAUUCAGAUCUCCUGAACAGGUUCUCUUCAGGGAGAACUUCCAGAACGACCAGAGUCAAGACAUUACACAAGAGAGUACAAAACUUUCUGUGGAGUUUUUAGAAUCACCUCUUUGUGCUGGAACUGAAGGAUUUGCUGAACUGUUACUUCAGGAUGUUGUGUCUUUUGAGGAAGUGGCCGUGUAUUUCUCCAAAGAGGAGUGGUCUCAACUGGAUGCUGACCAAAAAGCUCUCCACAGAGAAGUCAUGCUGGAGAAUUCCAGGAAUCUCUUUUCUCUGGAAGAUAUUAGUAAGAAUCUGGGGAACAGGCUCCAUGCAGGGAUGGUGUGGCCUCUCUUGAGCCAGGUUCUGCCUACCAGGAUUUGGUAUUCCCUCCUGAACCUGGUCACUGGGUUCCUGAUGGCCCUAAGCUGCUACAACCAAGACUGGGUGAGUCCUGUGAAGAGUGUUCCCUUCUUAGAGAUUACAGUUUUCCUUUGUCUUUUCCAAGGCUUCAAUGGGCAGAAUAAGAAUAGCAAGCAGGAACCCCAAGCGAUCUAUUUGAAAUGCAGGGAAGGGAAAUUUGAACAUCAGAUGCAAUCAAAGAAUGAUGAAACAAAGAAAUCACAAAGUGGAAAUGAAAAUGGUUUUUCUCGGGUCUGUUGGCUUCCUAACCAUACAGUGAUUGAUAUGGGAGAAACACCAUAUACAUCCAUGGAGUGUGGAAAGAGGUUUGAAAAAUCCAAUCACCUCUUUUCUCAUAAAAAGAUACAUUCAGAAGAGAAACCAAAUAUCUGCAGGGAGUGUGGAAAGACCUUCUGGGAUAAUAACUCUCUUAGAAAACAUGAAAGGAUUCACAAAGGAGAAAGACCUUAUAAAUGCAAGGAGUGUGGAAACAGCUUUAGUUGUAGCAGUUAUCUUAACUCCCACAAGAGGAUCCACACAGGAGAGAAGCCAUAUCAAUGCAUGGAGUGUGGAAAGACCUUCUGUUUUAAUUAUUCUCUUAUAAGACAUCAAAGGAAUCACAAUGGAGAAAGACCUUAUAAAUGCAUGAAGUGUGGAAAAACCUUUAAUUGUAGCAGUAGCCUUAAUUCCCACAAUUUGAUCCACAAAGGAGAGAAGCCAUAUAAAUGCAUGGAGUGUGGAAAGAGUUUUAGGAAGAGUGGUAAUCUUAAUACUCACAAGAGGAUCCACACAGGAGAGAAACCGUAUCAAUGCAUGGAGUGUGGAAAGUAUUUUAGGAACAGUGGUAAUCUUAAUACUCACAAGCGGAUCCACACAGGAGAGAAACCGUAUCAAUGCAUGGAGUGUGGAAAGACCUUCUGCUAUAAUCGUUCUUUUUUAACCCAUCAAAUGGAUCACACAGGAGAAAGACCUUAUAAAUGCAUGGAGUGUGGAAAGACCUUUACUUGUAGCAGUAGUCUUAAUUUCCACAAGAGGAUCCACACAGAAAGAACUAAUAAAUGCAUGGAGUGUGGAAAGACGUUUACUCGUAUUUAUGAUCUUAAUUCCCACAAGAGGAUCCACACAGAAGAAGGACCUUAUAAAUGCGUGACAUGUGGAGAUAGCUUUAGAAGGAGUUGUGAUCUCACAUCCCAUAAAAGGAUCCAUAUGGGAGAAAAAUAUGUCCGGGUGAGCCUUUCUAGCAAUCGAAGAAGCUGUAGGGAAGUCUUGGACAUGGAGAUCCAGACAUGGGUCGGGGUUCAGGCCUUGGAAAAUUUGGCCAGACCUCUUGUGAACAGAAAAUCCUGUGGAGAUCCUUGGGUCCAUUUUGGGGCUGCAUUAGAGACCAGAGAGAAGAUGGAGGGACAACACCCAGCAGAUGCAGAAAUUAAAGGCCCUCCAGUUGCUCAGCCUUGGGGCUGUGGGAAGAAUGGGGCAAGUCCUGGGCAGAAGAGCCAAGAAGAGGCAUCCAAUAGUUCAGAGGUCCAGUGCUGUCAGUUCAGAAAUGUAUGGUUUCAGGAGUGGAGUCGUCCCCGAGAUGUUUGCACUCAGCUUCACUACCUUUGUCGUCAGUGGCUGCAACCAGAAAAACACACAAAGGCUCAGAUGCUGGACCUGGUGCUCCUGGAGCAAUUCCUGGCUGUCCUUCCCCCAGAGAUGGAGAAAUGGGUGCGGGAGUGUGGAGCAGAGACCAGUUCCCAGGCAGUGUCUCUAGCUGAAGGCUUCUUGCUGGCUCAGGAAGAGGAAAACAUGCAAGAAGAGUUGCAGAAAUCUGUGGAAGCUGUGACUGAGUAUCCUAAGGAGAGAAAAGAUUUGUUCAGAUCUCCUGGACACCUUCUCUUCAGGGAGAACUUCCAGAAUGAUCAGAGUCAAGACAUUACACAAGAGAGUACAAAACUGUCUGUGGAGUUUUUAGAAUCACCGCUUUGUGCUGGAGCUGAAAGAUUUGCUGAACUGCUACUUCAGGAUGUUGUGUCUUUUGAGGAAGUGGCUGUGUAUUUCUCCAAAGAGGAGUGGUCUCAACUGGAUGCUGACCAAAAAGCUCUCCACGGAGAAGUCAUGCUGGAGAAUUCCAAGAAUCUCAUUUCUCUGGGCUUUAAUGGGCAGGAGAAUAAGAAUUGCAAGCAGGAAUGCCAAGUGAUGCAUUCAAAAUGUGGGGAAAGGAAAUUUGAAGAUCAGAUGCAACCAAAGAAUGAUGAAACAGAGAAAUCACAAAGUGGAAUUAAAAAUGGUUUUUCUCAGGUCUGUUGGCUUCCUAACCAUACAGUGAUUGAUAUGGGAGAAAGACCAUAUACAUCCAUGGAGUGUGGAAAGAGGUUCAAAAUAUCCAGUCAUCUCUUUUCUCAUAAAAAGACACAUUCAGAAGAGAAACCAAAUACCUGCAGGGAGUGUGGAAAGACCUUCUGGGAUAAUAACUCUCUUAGAAAACAUGAAAGGAUUCACAAAGGAGAAAAACCUUAUAAAUGCAUGGAAUGUGGAAACAGCUUUAGUUGUAGCAGUUAUCUUAACUCCCACCAGAGGAUCCACACAGGAGAGAAGCCAUAUCAAUGCAUGGAGUGCGGAAAGACCUUCUGUUUUAAUUAUUCUCUUAUAAGACAUCAAAUGAAUCACAAAGGAGAAAAACCUUAUAAAUGCAUGAAGUGUGGAAAAACCUUUAAUUGUAGCAGUAGUCUUAAUUCCCAUAGUUUGAUCCACACAGGAGAGAAGCCAUAUAUAUGCAUAGAGUGUGGAAAGGGUUUUAGGAAGAGUGGUAAUCUUAAUACUCACAGGAGGAUCCAUACAGGAGAGAAACCAUAUCAAUGCAUGGAGUGUGGGAAGACCUUCUGCUAUAAUCGUUCUUUUGUAACACAUCAAAUGGAUCACAAAGGAGAAAGACCUUAUGAAUGCAUGGAGUGUGGAAAGACCUUUACUUGUAACAGUAGUCUUAAAUCUCACAAGAGAAUCCACACAGAAAGAUCUAAUAAAUGCAUGGAGUGUGGAAAGACGUUUACUCGUAUUUAUGAUCUUAAUUCCCACAAGAGGAUCCACACAGAAGAAGGACCUUAUAAAUGCGUGACAUGUGGAGAUAGCUUUAGAAGGAGUUGUGAUCUCACAUCCCAUAAAAGGAUCCAUAUGGGAGAAAAAUAUUGUUCACAUAUGAGACUUUAUUCUUCCAAUCUUCAUUUCUCCAUCAUGGUGGCUUGUUCUGAGUGGCUGCAACCAGAAAAACACACAAAGGCUCAGAUGCUGGACCUGGUGCUCCUGGAACAAUUACUGGCUGUCCUUCCGCCAGAGAUGGCAAAAUGGGUGCGGGAGUGUGGAGCAGAGACCACUUCUCAGGCGGUGUCUCUGGCUGAAGGCUUCUUGCUGACGCAGGAGGAGGAAAACAUGCAAGAAGAGUUGCAGAAAUCCUUGGAAGCUGUGACUGAGUAUCCUAAGGGGAGGAAAGAUUCAUUCACAUCUUUUCAAGAGUUUCUCUUCAGGGAGAACUUCCAGAAAGGUCAAAGUCAAGAUGCUACGCAAGAGAGUAGAAUGCUGUCCUUUGAGUUUUCAGAAUCCCCUCUUUGUGCUGGAGCUGAAAGAUUAGUUGAAUCUCUACGUCAGGAUGUUGUGUCUUUUGAGGAAGUGGCUGUGUAUUUCUCCAAAGAGGAGUGGUCUCAACUGGAUGCUGACCAAAAAGCGCUCCAUGGAGAAGUCAUGCUGGAGAAUUCCAGGAAUCUGUUUUCUCUGGGCUUUAAUGGGCAAGAGAAUAAGAAUUGCAAGCGUGAACGUCAAUCGAUCCAUUCGAAAUGGGGGGAAAGGAAAUUUGAAGAUCAGAUGCAACCAAAGAAUGAUGAAACAAAGAAAUCACAAAGUGGAAUUAAAAAUGGUUUUUCUCGGGUCCGUUGGCUUCGUAAUCAUACAGUGAUCAAUAAGGGAGAAAGAUCAUAUAAGUCCAUGGAGUGUGGAAAGAGAUUCAAUAAAUCCGAUUGUCUCUUUUUUCAUAAAAAGACACAUUCAGAAGAGAAACCAAAUACCAGCAGGGAGUGUGGAAAUACACUCUAUGAUAAUCACUCUCUUAGAAAACAUGAAAGGAAUCACAAAGGUGAAAGACCUUAUAAAUGCUUGGAGUGUGGAAAGACCUUUACUCGUGGCACUUACCUUAAUUCUCACAAGGGGAUCCACACGGGACAGAAGCCAUAUCAAUGCAUGGACUGCGGAAAGACCUUCUGUUUUAAUCAUUCUCUUAUAAGACAUCAAAGGAAUCACAAAGGAGAAAGACCUUAUACAUGCUUGGAGUGUGGAAAGACUUUUACUUGUAGCAGAACCACAAAGGAGAAAGACCUUAUAAUGGAGUGUGGAAAGACCUUUACUUUUAGCAAUUAUCUUAAUUCUCACAAGAGGAUCCAUACAGGAGGAGGACUUUAUAAAUGUGUGGAAUGUGGAGAUUGCUUUAGAAAGAGUUGUGAUCUCACAGGAGAAAAAUGGAGUGAGAUGGCAAAGUGGGUGCGGGAAUGUGGAACAGAGACCAGUUCCCAGGCGGUGUCCCUGGCUGAAGGCUUCUUGCUGACUCAGGAGGAGGAAAACAUACAAGAAGAGUUGCAGCUUGAAUUGCAUCAUGUCCAGAAAUCCGUGGAAACUUUGAUUGAGUAUCCUAAGGAGGAUUCAUUCAGAUCUUCUCAAGAGCUGCUCUUCAGGGAGAACUUCCAGGAAGAUCAAAGUCAAGAGGCUACGCAAGAGAGUCGAAAGCUAUCCUUAGAGUUUUUAGAAUCACCUCUUUGUUGUGGAGCUGAUGGAUUUGCUGAACCGCUGCUUCAGGAUGUUCUCUCCUUUGAGGAAGUGGCCGUGUAUUUCUCCAAAGAGGAGUGGUCUCAGCUGGAUGUUGACCAAAAAGCGCUCCACAGAGAAGUCAUGCUGGAGAAUUCCAGGAAUCUCUUUUCUCUGGGCUUUAAUGGGCAAGAUAAUAAGAAUUGCAAGCAGGAACGCCAAGUGAUCCAUUCAAAAAGGGGGGAAAGGAAAUGUGUAGAUCAGAUGCAACCAAGGAAUGAUGAAACAAAGCAAUCACAGAGUGGAGUUAAAAAAGGUCUUCCUCGGGUCAACUGGCUUCCUAACCAUACAGUGAUUGAUACAGGAGAAAGACCAUAUAAAUGCAUGGAGUUUGGAAAGAGAUUUAAGAAAUCCAAUCAUCUCUUUUCUCAUAAAAACAUACAUUCAGAAGAGAAACGAUAUACCUGCAUGGAAUGUGGAAAGACCUUUUCUCAUAAUAACUCACUUAUAAGACACCAAAGGGUUCACACAGGAGAAAGACCUUAUAAAUGCACGGAGUGUGGAAAGACCUUUACUCGUAGUAGUAAUCUUAAUUCCCACAAGAGGAUCCACACAGGAGAAAGACCGUAUAAAUGCAUGGCGUGUGGAAAGACCUUUAUUUGCAGUAGUAAUCUUAAUUCCCACAAGAGGAUCCACACAGGAGAGAAGCCUUAUGAAUGCAUGGAGUGUGGAAAGGCCUUUACUUGUAGCAGAAGUCUUGAUUACCAUAAGAGGAUCCACACAGGAGAGAAGCCCUAUCAAUGUAUGGAGUGUAGAAAAGUUUUCAGGAACAGAAGUGCUUUGAUUCACCAUAAAACUAUUCAUACAGAGAAGAAGCCAUAUCAAUGCAUUGAAUGUGGAAAGGACUUCUGUUAUUCUGAGUCUCUUAUAAUCCAUCAAAGGAUUCACACAGGAGAACGACCUUAUAAAUGCAUGGAGUGUGGAAAGACCUUUACUAGUAGCAGUAGUCUUAAUGUGCACAAGAGGAUCCACACAGGAGAACGACGUUACAAAUGCACAGAGUGUGGAAAGGCGUUUACUUGUAACAGUAAUCUUAAUUACCACAAGAGGAUCCACACAGGGGAACAACCUUAUAAAUGCAUGGAGUGUGGAAAGACCUUUACUUGUAGCAGUAGUCUUAAUUCCCACAAGGAGAUCCACACAGGAGAAAGACCUUAUAAAUGCAUGUAGAGUGGAAAGAGCUUUACUUGUAGUAAUGGUCUUAAUUCCCACAAGAGGACCUACACAGAAGAGAAGCCAUAUAAAUGUGUAAAAGAAUCCAUACUAGAGAAAAGAACUAGAGGUGGGUUUCUACCGGUUCACAUGGUUCGGGUGAACUGGUAGUGGUAAUUUGGCCUGGGUCACAGAACCGGCCGUGACCCAGACUGGCCACAGCCCCCAAACCGGUUCCCCGAUGUCCACUUCCAGCAUGUUUAUUUGUUUUUCAUCGCCUUCACGCAUGCUCAGAACAAUUUACAAUGAACUGUGCAUACGUGUGCAGCGAAGCGCGUGCGAACCAAACCAGUACCAAUGCCGGAACAAACCCAACCCUGGAAAAAAAAACCAUAUGAAUUCAUGCAGUGUGGAAUGAGCUUUGCAAGGAGUAACACAUUUACUUGCCAUAUAAGCAUCAACACAUGGGAGAAACCAUAUCAAUAAAGGAAUUAUGGAAAGAGCUUCAAGAGAAAUCCAGGUUGUUCUCGGCAUAUGACUGCUUUUGAUAUAAAAAUAACUUUGAAUAAUAAUAACUUUUGAGACAGUUAUUAUGUGCGUUUUGCGCCUUUGGACGACUUUUGUCGCCACAUUUGUUAAGUGACUCACUAUAGUUGUUAAGUUUGUAAUAAGUUUGAAUUGGGCUUCCCUAUUGAAUUUGCUUGUCAGAAGCUCACAAAAGGGGAUCACUUGAUCUAGGGACACUGCAACUAUCCUGAAUCAUUUGCCAAAAAUCUGAAAUUUGAUGAGUUAACCAUCAGGAUGCUGCAACUGUCAUAACUGAAAAAUGGUCAUAAAUCACAUUUUUCAGUGCUACUGUAACUUUGAACAAUCACUAAAUGAACUGUAUAGUAAAUCGACGACUAUCUAUAGUUCUCUAAAAUCUCAUACAAGGACCAUUUGAGUAAUAAUCCAAAUAAACUGUAGCACUUCUUAGAUGUGUGUGAAUAAAUUGCCUUUGUAGUGCAAACCAGA